AUGGAAUGCCGGCAUCUGGAUCAAAACUUGCUAUGUUGCGUGUGAGUCUUUUAUUAUUAUUUUCUUUUUCCAAGGAGCGUUAAUUUCAAUAUUUAUCACUUUAGUUGUUCAUCAACCCAAUAUCUCUGCAUUCUAGUUAUAAUAUAUAAUGUUUAAGUACUUGAACCUCCUGGAAAAGUUUUUACUAUCUUCUACAAGCUCUAACGACCAACUUGAUUUUUUUUUCACACCUUCGCGUUUAAACGAUUUUUUUUUCAUCAAUCGUUAAUUUAAAGUUAUGUGAUCACGAAGAUCGCUUAUAUGGAAAUAACGUUCACGGAUAUCAUGGCACACUACCGACGUCAGCCACAAGCCAACAGCCGGGUCUACCGAGAAGUUUCUGUUCAAUCACUGUAAGUUUAUUAAUUUAUAUGUCAGUCUGUACCUGCUCGUUUUCAGAGACGACGCCACGCAGAACGAGGACAGCAAUUCGCGAGACUCGGCCCUUUCAAGAGCAAGCUCCUCACGUGGCGGCGUCAUUCCACCACCUGGAGUCAACUCGGCUCCCCCGACGCCCGAUCAGGCCGAAAUGGGCGAUUGGAGCCGCGUUGACAUUAUUAAGUACUACAAUGAAGUGUUCCGCGUCAGGUUUUUUUCUUUAUACUAAUCCGCAACUCAUUUUUUUCAUCAGAGUGGAAGACUUUGUUAUGCAAAUGGACGCGAAAAAAGUGGAAAUUUUGCCGAUGCCAGUGCCAAAGGCCAUCGGCGCGUCACCGUUUAAGAAGCAGUUGACUUCAAGAGUAGGCCUUUUCAAUUUAUUUUGAAAUCUAUCUUCAUCUGUUGAACGAUCGCCACCGGAGACUUAUUUUUCUCAGGCCUUAUUAUUAUGAAAAAAAUUCCAGGUGCUCAUUCAAACACUUCAAAAGGGCUCUUUCGAAAUAAAUUAUCAUGGAAUGUUGCGGAAAGUCAUGUCGUUCAGCCUACAAAGAAGCCCACGAAAGGUAAUUUUUCAGUCUCUUUGUUUUAACUUCAAUACGCCUUUUUCAGGAUCUAAUGGCUUUGAAUAAAAAGAUAAGCAUGAUUCACACUGCUAGGAAGUCUCCGAUAAAGUCAACAAUGUCCAUCAAGAAAGAAAUGGCUUGA